AUGCCAGAAGACUCAAACUCAAUACCUGCCUUUAGGCGCUUAAGUUAUGCCGUCGGACACUUCUUAAACGAUCUUUGUGCCUCUAUGUGGUUUACAUACCUACUGGUAUAUUACCACUCUGUACUUGGGUUUCAAAACACUUAUGCCGGUGUGUUAUUACUAAUCGGGCAGAUAGCGGACGGUAUCUGUACACCAAUAAUUGGCUAUGAAUCGGACCGUGCGCCCGGCUGCGGUUCAUAUGGCAAACGGAAGACAUGGCAUUUAGUGGGAACAGUUAGCGUGUUGCUGUCGUUCCCAUUCAUAUUUAACCAGUGCCUUGGUUGCAACCAGUACACUCCUCAGUGGGCCAGCCUCACAUACUUCACCCCGUUUAUCGUCAUCUUUCAGUUUGGCUGGGCUGCCACCCAGAUCUCCCAUCUGUCUCUCAUUCCUGAACUGGUGUCCUGUGAACAUGCCAAAGUCGAGCUCACCGCAUACAGAUAUGCCUUCACUGUAAUAGCCAACAUCACAGUGUAUGCAGUGGCCUGGUUGCUUUUCCACUUCCAGUCGGGACAGGAUGACGGCCCCAUGGCAGACAACCUUGGCCCCUACGACAUCCCCAUAUUCAGGGACCUGAGCCUCAUUGUGCUGGGCAUUGGUGCACUGUUCUCCCUCCUUUUCCACUUGGGCACCAAAGAGAAGACCGGUCGCCCACGUGCGGAAGAGGAAGGCUCCAGUCCAGAUGAACGCCAACCUCUUGUCGUUCGCCUCACGACAGCCUCACCCUCAGUUCUCCUGCGAUGGCAGCACUGGCUCACGGAACCAUCCUUUUACCAGGUAGCUCUUCUGUACAUGUGUACCCGACUCAUAGUGAACCUGUCCCAGACUUACAUCGCCAUGUACCUUACCAACACACUCAUGCUGCCAAAGAAGUACAUUGCCACUAUUCCUCUGGUGAUGUAUGUGAGCGGUUUUGCUUCUUCAUUGAUCAUGAAACCUUUCAGUAAACUCAUAGGAAGAUGUAUGACCUAUUUUGUUGGGCUCUUGCUGAUUUUCGCAUUCUCCUAUUGGGUGCUGCUGGACACCCACAUGGGUGACAAGGUCUAUGGUGCAGCAGUGUUGCUGGGGGCAGGUUCAGCCACGAUCCUAGUGAUGUCACUGUCCAUGACCGCUGACCUCAUAGGAGAUCAGACGCAAAGUGGGGCCUUUGUUUAUGGAGCAAUGAGUUUCACUGAUAAGGUCGCCAAUGGUCUAUCGGUGAUGAUAAUCCAGGGCCUGCAUCCCUGCCAUACGCAGGUGUGUUGUCCGGCAUGUGUUUGGUAUUACCACUAUGUGAUGGUCGGUGUCACUGGAGGUGUGGGAAUUGUUGCAGUUUUUGGCCUUUGUGCUAUCCUAAUCUGGCCAAUCAAGAUCCGCAGGCGUCUCCCUGUGAUGUCAGGAUUGUUGGGAUCAGAUGGCGAGGACUCAGAGAACAGCUCUGAUCAAAGUCUCGUUAACUAACUACAGCAGUGGGACAGGCCACUCCUUCCUGCCUCAGACUACAGCAGCUCCACUCUCACAGAACACUUGAAAGCUGUCACCGUUCACACAAAUACAGUCCAAAGCCAUGAAGUGAUUAGAAGGUUGACAUUCUUCUGGAAAGCUGUUCUACAGUAGGAUUUAGCUUUAGUUAUGACACCUGUUGAACAGGGAAGGCUACACAUAGUAAAUAACAGACAUUGUGAUACUGGUUUAGCAGCUACUACAUCUUUUUA